AGUUAAUUACGUAUAAAUUAUUGUCGAAUUAAGUGCCUCGUCAUAAUAGAUAAAAGUAUUAACAAAAAAAAAAUAGCAAUAAUAAUAUUAUUUGAUAGGUCAAGUAUCACCAAUGUGGUGUGUUUAAAUAUUAAAAGUAAAUAUUGAAUCAGCUGAUGAGUGACAACAGACAGACAGAGUCCGCAUUGAUGGUUGAUGGUUUUUGGUUAUGGCGACAAGCAGUUCGGACGGUUCUUGUAACGCUCCUGCAGAUUUUCAUCUAUCAUCAGACUUAGAAGAAAUUCCUAGUCGUAUACCACUUAAUUCAUUAAAAUGUCCACUCUGUCAUAAUACUCGAAGAAUUUUUUAUUGUCGUUUUUGCGUUCAGAAUGGAGAUUUCGUCCAUUCAACUUCUGUUUACGCGGAACGUAUAUUAUUUAGGUUUGCUGAUAAGCAACUACGAUUAUAUCGGUUAAAAACAGCCAGAGCUCAAUUAGAAGAAAAAUGUAAGAAGGCGCUUGAAAAACACAAGCAGAAAGAUAAAUUGAUAUGUGAUAUCAAUGUUUGUAAAGAAAGAAUUAGACUUCUUCAACUUUUAGUUAGUGAAACCAGUCAAAGCAUAAGCAAUGGUAAUAAACGUUUAAAUAGUUUGAAAGAUAAGAAUUCUAAGUUGGCAUUAAAAAUCUCUAAAGAUGAAGAAAAAAUCGAAAAGUUACAUAAAUUGGCAACUACAAUGUGUUUAAAACAAGAAAAACAUAAAGAAGCGGUUGAUCGACAGAGACAACAAUUAAAGAGAGUUAUUAGAAUUGCAGCUAAACAAUUAAUUCAAUACAUAUUUCCGCUCUCGCAAGUACAAUCCAGUAAAAGUUUAUGUAGUAGCGAAGAAGAUGUAAAUGCAGAUGUGGUUACUUGUGCAUUAGCAGAUGCAUCAGGAACGUCGUAUGUUAGAGGUAGAUGGAUUAAUGAUGCAGAAAAUGCUUCAGAAGUACAACAUCGUAUAAUAGCACCAACAUUACCGGGAUCAGGCGAUUAUAGUGCUUAUUCUUUAUGGGUUGCUGCAAAUAAAGAUAGCGUACCUGGUACUAAUAAAGAACCAUUGCACAAUCCAGCAUACAAUAUCAGUGCUGCUUUAACUUUUGCCACACAACUUGUUAAUAUCAUAGCAUACUAUGUAAAUGUUAAAUUACCUUACAAACUUAGUUAUGGAGAAUUUUGUGGCAAUGAAAUGUCGGAUCAGAAGUUUGCUAGAAAGGUAGCAAGGCUUAACAGUAAUGUUCUACAUUUAUGCUUUACACAAAAUACAGAUAUUGCAGUUCUUCAUCCAAUGCACACUUUACAAAAUCUAAUGCACUUACUCAAUACUGAAAUCAGUGAUCUUGGAAGGAUCGGUCCAAUGGAAGUUGAUUCCAAUGUAAUAGCAAAAUUGUACAGUCAGUUAGCUCCUGACUUGGAGAACAGUGACGACUCUGCUUCUGAUGAAGAAGAGGAUGCUUUUAAUUGGGAAUGGGAAGCAGUUCCAAAUGUCGCAUGUCCUGAAAUGACAGUUCCCAUUCCUGGAUCCUUGGCUAAUCAACAAUCUUCUAUGCAAGUGAAUCAGAGCGUCGCUGGAGGCUUGGUUACAAGUGCUGCGGCCAGUAUUGCCUCUAUUUGGCGUGGUUGGACAACCAAUAAAUAGACUGCUUAUUUUUUUUACCGAUACAAUUCUUUUUAUACAGAUUUUAAUUAAAUUUUUCAAUAUGUACGUACAUAUUGAAAUAUAACUAUAUAUAUAAACCUAUAUCUUUUAGGAAUGCUUUAAAGUGUUUUAUGAAAUUAUCAUUUAUAUUUUACAUUCAAUUUCUCUUUUUCUGUUAAAUACAAUUUUUCAUAAUAGAUAUAAUCUUGUAGAAAUAAUCUUGUACAAAUAAUUUGUACAUACAAAUGGUCAGAAAUCUUAUACGAUAUUAUUAAGGAAUUUUAUUUAACAAUACUAAUUAUUUUACUAUGUUAGAAACUACGCUAUGAUUGAAGUCUGAAAGGUUGUAAACAUUUCUAUUUUUAUUUAAGAAAUUCUAGAUAAAGUUGACUACUGUUAGACGCCAUCAGAAGUACGUCAAAUAAUACUUACCGUAUGGUGCAGUUGUCAGGUGGAAAUGGGACAGGAAAAAAAACACAAAAUAUAUAUUUGAUUUAUUUUUUUCGAAUGCACAAUGUACAGCAACAUGUGUUGCUUCAAUGGAAUCCUCCAUUCUCUGUUACAAUACAUUGUAAUCGUUUUUCUUAUAAUUUAAUAUCGCAACAUACGUGAGUUUGCAAUGACUGCCUUAUUAGUGAUUACUAUUAUUUUCUCAGUACUUUGUGAUUUUGUAUUUCUUUAAUAUAAAUUAUUUAAGUAUAAUAUCAU